AUGUCAACAUCAAUAGGUAGAUUUGUCAAGAAUGCUUAUAAAUCGGGCAUCAAGCGUGCUGCAUGGCAAUUGCAAUUUCAUAAUGAUUUGAAAUCCGGUUGGCUUGUUGGUGAGGAUGAUUUUGGUAACAAAUUCUACGAGACAGAUGCACCAGAAGAAAUACACAUGAGAACUCGUUGGGUCGAAUAUAAUAGUUGGCACCCAGAUAUGUCACAAGUUGAGCCAGGUUGGCAUUACUGGUUGGGUUACGGUACAAAUACACCUCCAAAUGCGUUACCCGAAGAUCAAAAAGUGCAUAGAGCAUACCCAUUGCCAGCUAAACACAAACCUAACUAUACAAACACGGCAGGUGCAUACGUUACUUAUAACACUGCUAAACCAAAAUGUCAGAGUUGGACUCCUGAAGUGAGUGAGAGGGUAUAG